GCAGCAAAAUGGACAAUUCCGUGUGCUACUACGCGUGUGGCAGUGAUAGAAAACAAGCCAGAUGGUGUCAGAUUUAAUAAUGUCCCGAGGCUUGAACGACUAUACCAAGCUGAUGUAAAUUCUCUAGCAGAUGACGGAGUCCAACCAAUCCACCUGGCCAGCUUCCUAGGACACCUGGAUGUCCUGGAAUUCCUGCUGAAAUCCGGUGCUGAUGCAAACGCAAGUUUCUCAGCAAAGAAGUCCUGGCAAAGUAUAUCGAGGAUUUGGUGCGAAGACUUUAGCAAGAUGUCGUUGCUGACCUUCGCUACUCUGACCAAUCAAUGUCUUUUGUCAUCUUACUUGCUUGAUCAUGGAGCUAGUGUUGAUGUUCCAAGUGCUAGGAACAAUACACUCUUGAUGUACGCUGUUGAGAAGGACCAUUAUAACGUUGCUUGUCAAAGAGAAUUUAUGAUGUAUGAUGAAAAGCUAUUGAAUGCUAGGGAUAAUGCUGGGCUGUAUGUUUUUAACUAUAUGCUGCACCAGAGCAAGUUCGGACAGUUAAGGUUUAUUGGAAACAAUCCACAUAGUAAUAUGAUGAUCAAUGCUGGGGCUGAUGUUGAUGCCAUGGUCAUCAAUGGAGACCCUGAUACGUUGCUGGUCAACAUGGCUGCUAUGAGAUGC